UCAAACAGAAAUACAAGGAAAAAUGUUAAGAGGGAGACUAGGAAGAAGUCUAUGGAUAGCUUCGUGAAGGCGACCGGAAAAAUACGUACGUACUACUUGACUGCUACAGGUGACCGGAGGGAGGAAUGGUCUUCCGAGGUCGUCAACGUCUGCAGGGGCAUGGCACCGCAGGAAAUUCUCCCCUUGGCAGCAGCAGCGGCUAUAUAAUGUGAUGAUGCAGGAAGACUGGUGUUAGUGCCUGGAGCGACGCCUCCAAGCGAAGAUGACACGACCAUUGCCUUGUUUGCUCCUGUUGGCUCUGCUGGGGAUCGUGGCUGCGCUGGCCGCCCCCAAGAGUGGCCUGAAGGAUGAUGCAUCAUGUAAACAAGGCUAUAACUGCAAGCUGCCUGAGUGCUUGUGUCCCUCCCUUGAAGCCCCAGGCAACUUUGGGUCUCUUGAUGACGUGCCACAGUUUGUUGUCCUGAGUUAUGAUGAUGCUGUCACCGUCUCCAACAAGGACUUCUACCUGGGCUUCCAGAACCUCCUUAACCCCAACCACUGCCGCAUUUCCAUGACCUUCUUCCUCUCUCAUCAGUACACUGACUACACCAUUGUCAAUGAACUCCAUCGCCUUGGCCAUGAGAUCGCCCUCCACUCCGUCACACACAAGAGUGAUUCAGUUGGUUACUGGCGGCCAGCCAAUGAAAGUUUGUGGAUGCAAGAGAUGGAUGACCUGAGGAAGAUGAUUGUUAAGUUUGCAAACAUUCCUGAGAAGGAUCUGAAGGGAUGGCGAGCACCCUUCCUAGAGUUGGGAGGUGAUGAAAUGUUCAGUGCCUUGCAGCAGCUUGGCCUGAAGUAUGACUGUUCCUGGACCACAAUUAAGUACACCAACUGGUUUGAGAAACCCAAUCAGGGAUUGUGGCCCUAUACCCUGGACUAUGGCAGCCCUCAGGACUGUCCCAUGGGCAGGUGUCCAACAGAUAAGUACCCUGGCCUGUGGGUGAUGCCUAUGCUGGACCUCAAUGACAACAAGAAUCUGCCAUGUGCCAUGCUGGACACCUGCCAAAGUGAGGAAGAUGAACUUCUUGGCAAUAAAGAUGCCGUGGAGGCUUUCCUAAAGAGGAAUUUCCUUAUCAACUACUAUACCAACAAGGCGCCUUUUGGACUGUAUACGCACCACUCCUGGUUUUAUGAAGGCACCCUCAAUAAAACAGAGGCCAGGCGGGAGGGAUACACAAACUUCCUGUUGUGGCUGAGUACGCUGGAAGAUGUGUAUGUGGUGUCCCUGGACCGCCUGCUGGCCUGGAUGAAGGACCCCAAGCCUGUGGACCAGAUUGACAACAUCCCUGAGAUUACAUGUCCUCCAUUGGACCCAGAGACCACAUGUCCAUCCCACAACACAUACUACUUUGGUCCAGAGAACAACAUCCCACCUCAGAUGUCAUCCAUGUACAUGACAACCUGCACCAAGCCCAAGCCACCUUACUAUCCAUGGCUGUACAAUCCUUAUGGGCUGGAGGACAUCCCCAUCCAAGAAUAAUGUACACACUGCCCUGAGGGGAGAGUGACAGCUGCAGCAAGAAGAUCCAGCCUAGUCACUCUAGCUCUAACUCUAGCUCUAACUUGCCAUGAAGACCUACUUUCAUCCAGCCUGUCAUGUGGUGUUCAGGAUUGCUCACUUGGUGGUGUGGGUGCUGCAGGAUGGCAGGAUUGUAAGAAACUCUCAUCCCUCCUUCUCAUAACCAACCAUAACAGCUUGAUGGACAUACUAAAUCCUCACCUGUGCUCCCUGUCAAGCUGCUGAGUGAGGCACAUGUCAGGUGAGUUAAGGUAAUGUGUGUUCCUGUGUGUAGUGAUGAUAAUCUCCAAUGUAACCCAGCAUAACUUACCAUGGAUUUGUGUGCUAGAAAAUAAAGAUUUGGUACCCA